UUUCUUAUUAAUAAAAGCGUUUUAUUGAUGAUUUAUAAACAUAAUUUAUUAAAAUUGAUCCUUAUUUUUGGUUGAGUGCGGUACACGCGGCUGUGCCACACUAACAAUUCGUAUUAAUAAUUUGAAUUUACUUCAAAAUCAAUUUUAGGAUAACAUUUUAGACCUAGAUCUUCAAAGUACUGGACAUAUUAUACUAUUAGCAAUGCAAAAUACAAAGCAACUUCCGGAACUCAGUCGAUGUGAACCAGCUAACUACAAGUAUAAGAAAUCGUCGAAUGUGGAGAUUUAUGAUGUGCUACAAUCCUUGAGGAAAGAUGAGAUUCUUUGUGAUAUUAAACUAAAAACAGACGAUGGUGGAGUUAUAUUCGGCCAUAAAGUGGUGCUAGCAUCGGCUUGUCCAUAUUUUCUUGCAAUGUUCACACAUUUUUCAGAAAAAAAUCAAGAUCAAGUUACUAUCAGUCAGUUGGACUCCAGUGCCUUACAGCUCUUAAUAGACUUUAUUUAUUCUGGAGAAAUCUUGAUCACUGAAAAUAAUGUACAAGAUUUGCUACCAGCAUCAAAUCUUUUACGAUUACAAGAAGUCAAAAACGCAUGUUGUGACUUUCUACAUUCUCAACUAUGUCCUACAAAUGUUAUUGGGAUAAAUGCGUUAGCUGAUUUAUAUGGCUGUAUACAAUUGUCAAAAAGUUCAGAAUUAUAUUUUCAUCAACACUAUUCAGACGUGGUAAAAGAAGAAGAGUUCUUAUCCUUGUCUUCGGAACAAAUUAUCAAGUUGAUCGCUAGUGAGGAACUUACAGUUCCAUCUGAAGAAAAAAUAUUUGAAAGUGUUAUUCGGUGGGUAAAAUAUGAUUUGGCUUCCAGAAAACAAAUUUUGCCCAAAUUAAUGGACCAUGUUCGUUUACCAUUAACAUCGAAAGAUUACUUAUCAAAAAAAGUUGUUGACGAACCUCUUCUUAAUAAUUGUUUUAAAUGUAAAGAUUACGUAUUUGAAGCAUUACGUUUUCAUUUACUUAAGUCAGACAAACUUAACACCAUUCCACAUAGCAUACGGACAAAACCUAGGCAGGGUAGUAGUGGUUCAGAUAAAGUAAUUUUAGUGGUUGGUGGAUUAGGAAUUGGGAGCCAUAUAUUAGAUAGUACAGAAUGGUAUAACCCUAAAAUCAACCAAUGGCAGCCUGGACCAAAAAUGAUUACACCAAGUUUGUGGGGUGGUCUAGCUGUAGUAAAUGAUAAUUUUGUGUUACAUAUGGGUGGUAGAAUUUCCAAAUCAACUUUAAAAUCAGUUGAUGGGAUAGAUUUAUCUUCAGAAUUACCUCAUUGGAGACCAACCACCAAAAUGUUAGUUAAACGACGACGUUUUGGAGUUGCUGUGAUAAAUUAUUAUAUAUAUGCCGUUGGCGGCUCUGAUGGCAAAAAUGUUUUAAAUAAUUCAGAAGUUUUUGACUGCAGAACUCGAGAAUGGCAUAUGAUAUCUAUUUUUAUAAUAUGUCUACUAGACGAUAUGGUCAUGGGCUUGGAGUACUGAAUAAUCUUUUAUAUGCGGUAGGAGGAUUUUCUUCAAAUACAUUAAAAUCCGUCGAAUGUUACCAUCCCAGUCUU